CUUGAUUUAUUUGUGUUAUUAAAAAUAGUUACUUUCUAGUAUUAUUUUGACGGCCAUUGUCACUACCGAUAUAUCCAGUGUUGUUCUCUAGCACCGCCUUAAGACUAAACCCAGUUAUACACUGAUUAUUUUAAGCAAGCCUUACACAAAGAGGAUAAAUAAGUUUAACAUUUUCAUAUAUUGCUAAAAUGGACUCCUUCGUCAAAAAUAACCAUCGCUUAGAAACUGGCACUGAAGAUUGUGAAGAUUCGCUUAAAAAGGGAUUAAAGCAGUUAAAAAAAGAUAGCGAAAUCAGUAAUCUACGUAGACAGUUAGCCAUUAAAGAACAAAGUAAUGACGCUUUGUAUAUUGAAAAUAUUAAGCUACGUAACAGUGUUGCAAGUAAAAUUAAUAAGACAAAAGGAUUCAUUGAAAACAAAUAUAUGGAAGAAAUUUGUUCACUACAAAAUAAAAAUCGCGAUCUCCUUAAGAAAUUGGAGGAAUGUGAGAAAUACAAUGUUGAAUUAACACUUACUCUAGAUGACAAAAAUAAAAAAAUUCACAACCUGCAAGAUAAAGUUAAUAGCUUGGAAGUUAAGAUAUAUUUUAUAAAGGAAGAGUUAAAAAAUAGUUCUCAACUUUUGGAACAUACUAAAAAGCGCUUGAAUGAGAUCAACGCAAAACUGAUUAACUCUUCAUCUGCUCGAGAAAAAGAAAUACGAAACAGUGAACGCGAGAAUACCGCAUUACUAACAGAAAUGGGUUAUAUUGUAGACAGUUUUUACAAAGCAGAGUCGACAUACCAAGAAAAAUUAAACAAGCGUUUAAAGAAAGAGAAAGGCGAACUCGAGUUGAAGUAUGAAACGUCCCUAAAUGCGUUAAAGAGCUUGGCUCAGGAAAAAGGACUCGAGUUCGCCAGCGGUAUGAUCGACUUCUGCAAAAACGAAAUCGACAACCUUAAAACUCACUCAUGCAGGGGAGAUAAAACUACGUACGAGCUUGAACAAAAGCUUUUCACUAAGGAACACGAAAUAGCAUGUUAUAAGAUGGAAGUUUUAAGGUAUGAAUGUAUUUUGAAUGAUCGUGAGAACAAACUUAAAGAAAACAAUAUUUCAUAUACGAAUAUUAAUAGACUUACAUAUAACAUAAGUCAGGAUCAGAUAAAUUCAAUUCAAUUGCCUUUUGUGCUUGCCAACAACAACAUCUGAAACUCUUAUGCUAUAUUUCAUAUAUAAAACUAUUUCGGAUAGAUUUAAAGCUCGUAGCAGUACUUCUAUAUUCAUUUAAUGACAUCAAAUGAACGACAUCAAGCAACGAACCAACAUGGAAUACUUUUAAAAGUUUAUACCCAAAAACCAAUUUCCUCAAUAUCAUUGCAGUUAAGUGCAGCACGCGGCAACAUUGACUUUCAAACUUUUACUGGUGAGGAGCCUCAGACCCUCAGACCCUAAUAUGCAACUUUUUGUUUCUAAUAAUUUGAACGCAAAAUGAAAAAUCUGGUUUUACGUUUUCACAUUGAAUUUUUUUUGGGUACUUAAAGCAAAAAGAGUUAAUUUUACUUUUUCCAAAAGAAACAACGAGAUUUUACAAAAAAAAAAAUCAAACUUAAGAGAGGAAAAGAAUGUUUGCAACAAAUUGCCACCAAUUAAAUUUAUCUUGUUGAAAACUUUUCAUGUAAUAUUUAUAGACUCAACGCCCUGUGGUUAUACACACAAGCAAGACAAGUUGUGAACGCAAAGAAGUUCUUCGUUCGGUACUUACUACACGCACAUAUGCAGUACGCAGUGAGCAGUAAGCAGUAAGCAGUGAGCAGUGAACAGUAAGCAAUGUUAGGAGACACAACGCAAACACAGCCAACACACACACACAUACACACACAUGAGAUAAUAUUUAUAUGCGCGUAUAGCAGAUAUUUUGUUACUCAUACGCAGCGUAAGACCUAACCUAAGCCGGCAAGCAAAAUUUUUCCACAGUGCAACUGUGUUACUCAAUUAGUUUUCAUUUCCCUUUGGGUUAAAAAUUUUAAAACACUUUGCAGCAGUGACUUUCUUUUAAGUUUCUACUGAUUGCACUUUACACAUAACGAAAAAUCUUAGUGAACCUUCAUAAAAAUGUAUGAGUGCGUGCUGUACGAGGACUAAUAAAAUUCAAAGCAAUUGGAGCACUUCGGCUUAGUUGGCGUUCUGUACUAUUCUAUACUAUUAUAGCCCAUUUUUUUUGGCAGUCUGUACGUAGCUCAUUGAAACGAUUUCAUUUACUGUGCAAGUAGUAAAUAGAAAAUAAAUAAAUAAAAUAAAAUCAAGAGCAAAAGUUGGGUGCUCCUGCGUUUGUCUGGUCCGCUACUUUUAUGUUUCAAUUAAUUAACACGAAACCACAUAAACUUCGCAGCCUGUUAUAUCCUUCGAUUUGGCAGACGGUGAACUUUCUUUAAGAAGUAUCAUUAACCCGAGUAUGGAAUAAGUUAAAUGUACCAAGCAACGUAUCAAUGUUUAAUGGCAAUUUCAAAGUGAAUUUCGUAUCAAUAAAAGUGAAUAUACGUACAUUUUUCACUUUCGAAUACUCAAAAUA